AAAAAGGAAAAAAAAUCCACCGUUAACAGCUCAUCUCCACGCUCCGAUCAGUGUCCUCCGAUGAUCCAAUUCCUCCUGAAACCCUAACCCUAAUUCGAGAGAAAGAGAAAGAUCGAGCGCCAUGGAUGAUGGUGCAGGAGAGCUGCAGUGCGUGGGGAGGCUGGAGGUGGCAAAACCCAAGCCCGCCGUUGGUUUUCUCUGCGGCACACUUCCUGUGCUCACCGACGCCCCUGCUUUCCAUUCCGCCCUUCUUGUCCCCUCCCCCUUGACGAUUGGGGCUCCGAGGUACCAGAUGCUGCCGGCUGAGACCGAUUUGAAUACGCUUCCUUUGCUCUCUGGAAUUCCGGAGAAGGUUAUCCCAGCCUCUACCGGAGCCAGUGAAGGAUUACAAUGGGAAAGUAAUCCAGUAAAUCAAAAUUUGUCAACUAAAUGUGAGGCACUAGCUGUAUCUGGCCUUACUGAGUAUGGUGAUGAAUUAGACGUCGUUGCUCCAGCUGACAUUUUGAAGCAAAUCUUUAAAAUGCCUUACUCAAAAGCUCAGCUAUCUAUUGCUGUUCAGCGUAUUGGAGAUACUCUCAUCUUGAAUACAGGCCCUGAUGUGCAAGAGGGAGAUAAGGUGUUUAGGAAACAAACCAGCCAAUCCAAAGGAUGUGAUCCGUCUAUAUUUCUGAACUUUGCAAUGCACUCAGUAAGAGCUGAGGCUUGUGACUGCCCACCUACUCACACCUCACCAGCAGAAAAGCAAUCAACCUCCACUAUUUUGCCUGGACGAGUAACCCCUGCUUGUUCACAUGUUGGUGAAGCCCAAUUUUUUGAUGGAAAUAAUAAUGGUAAUCAGAAUCAAGGGAAUUGUGACAAAUUCUUUUGGGGUGGCAAACAGAGUAAACAUAAAAGCAGAAGGCAUAAUCCUAUCAGGAAAGCUUCGCAAGCUGGUGAAAAGUCUAGAUGCCCUAUCCAAGAAUCAGAUAAGUUUCGGAGAGUUGGUAAUAAUGGUUUUCUCCGGGUUUUGUUUUGGAAAUUUCACAAUUUUCGCAUGCUUUUGGGUAGUGACUUGCUUCUGCUAAGCAAUGAGAAAUAUGUUGCCGUGAGCCUUCACUUAUGGGAUGUAUCGAGACAGGUGACACCAUUGACAUGGCUUGAAGCCUGGCUUGACAAUGUUAUGGCAAGUGUGCCCGAGUUAGCUAUAUGUUACCAUCAAAAUGGUGUUGUUCAAGGUUAUGAGCUUAUCAAAACAGAUGACAUAUUCCUACUUAAAGGCAUAUCAGAGGAUGGCACCCCAGCAUUUCAUCCACAAGUUGUUCAACAAAAUGGGCUUUCGGUUUUGAGAUUUCUUCAGGACAAUUGCAAAACAAGAUCCUGGUGGCCCACAUAA